GAUUUGAACACAUCAUUUUUACAGACCGACACACUUGAAGCAUUGGGAAUAUCCAUUAAAACACAAGCCAGCUGUCAUAAAAAAAAAAAAAAAAAAAAGAUUAAUUCCCCUUAUUCCUGAUUGCAGGGAAAGAGCUUUAAACACAGCUGUCAGCAGAUAGUCCUUCCUGGUCCUGGGGUUCUGUUAGGGCUUAUUGUAAGGCUCCGUUUAGACUCAGCUGGAUGUUGGGUGCUUUGAAUGGACGCAGAUCAAUGGAAACACUACACACAUACUCUAUUUGAAGACUGAGGGGGUGGUGUUUGUAAGGACCCAAAGACAGUAGACCUUCAGUGAGGAAUGAGGCUGAAUCAGCUGCAGGGUCCAGUGGCACAGAAGGAGAGGAAGGGAGAUUAGAGGGGAGCAGAGAAUGCAUGCAUACUGAUUUGACUGGAGCAAUCUGAAUGUAUUUCUGAGGGUGUCUGCUUAGUCUGGCUCGAAUCAUCCCCGCCUCGCAGGGAGGGAGCGAGACGAGGAGAAAGAAAGAGGGGAAGAAAUAUUGACAGUUUACUGUGUCACCUUACAUCACCAUCCUCCGCUCAUGAAAUCACAGCUGGGAGCUGAAAUGGGUGCUACUCGGAUCCAUCUUUAGAUAUAAUAAGAUUCCCAACCUCAUCUCAGCGUGACCAAUUUGACUCUGCCACACAAUGGCUGAUACUGGGCGGUUGCCACAGGAUACAGGAUUUAACUUGAUCAUGUGAUCUGACUCCCCAGUUCCCUGCCAUCUAUCAUAGGGGGAUCAUGACCCGCCGGCUGAGCAGCUCCACCCGUUCCCACACCGAGGACUCCAUCUUCUUGAGGCCUGACGAAGACCCCGUCUGGCUGGAUGAGCCCACAAAGUCUGAUAAAAUAGGCGACGGAGCACCUAAAAAAGACGGGCUCCCAAAAUGCAAAGAUGGACCCGCAGGGGGCCAAAACCCAAAGGAAGAUGAAGUGUUUAUGCACAAGGUGUGUGCGCUGGUGAUUGAGAUCCACUGCUGGGCUGCACUGUUUGUCGUCUCCCAAGUCACGGGGUACUGGGUGUUUUUUGUGGUGGAAGGAAAUGGACCUUUCUCUUCCAUCUACAAAGCCCUGCAGGUCAUCGACUUCUACCUUGGCUUCUUCUUACCCUUCCACCCGAUUUUUGGAAUGGACUCUAUGGUGUUGAUGAGGGAGGUUGUGAACACCAAACAGGACAACUGGAUUUUCCAUGGAACUGCAGGCACUGGUGUGGCCAUCUGUGUAAUCAUGGUCAUCCACAUGGUGUGUAAGUGGCGUUACGGCACUGGCUUGUGGUCGUCAAGAACAGUGUUGCAGGACAUUGGUGACCGACGUCAGUCUGUGAGCCGCCAGCCCUCCUUCACCCUGUCAGAGUGGACGGAUGCUCAGGAGGAUCUGCUGGACAUGGACCCUGUGCCGCAGACGCCCGUCUUUGAAAUGGGCACUGACGCAAAGACGGAGGGAGACGCCGCCACCCUCACUGUCACAUCAGUGGGGCUCCAGGAGAGGAGGGGCUCCAAUGUUUCGCUGACCUUGGACAUGUGUACACCAGGCUGCACUGAGCCCUAUGGCUACGGAGCCCAGCUCUCCCCCAGAGACCAGACGGCAAAGGAGUACCUCCGACAGGGAACACACAGCCUGACCCCUGCCAUGCUACACACACGGGCCAUGGAUGACCAGAGCCUGCAGGCUGAGUUUUAUGAAACUCCCAUGAACUUUGUGGACCCUAAGGAAUACAACUACCCAGGGCUGGUGAGAAAGAACCGCUACAAAACCAUCUUACCCAAUACACACAGCAGAGUGAUCUUGAAGUCACAGGAUGAAGACGAUUUCCUCACCACUUACAUCAAUGCCAAUUAUCUCAAAGGCUAUGGGGAUGAGGACUGUGCAUACAUUGCCACCCAGGGUCCCACCGUGAACACUGUGGGUGACUUCUGGAGGAUGGUGUGGCAGGAGAGAAGCCCAAUAAUAGUGAUGAUCACCAACCUGGAGGAAAAAAAUGAGAAAUGUGCAGAGUACUGGCCCGAGGACACUGUGACCCAUGAGGGCAUCAAGAUCACCCUUGUCACCGUAACCCAGGAGGAUGACUACAGUCUGAGGGUGUUUACUUUGAAGUGUGGGGGAGAGGAGCGCAGUCUGCGGCAGUACUGGUACACCUCGUGGCCUGAUCAGAAGACUCCAGACAAGGCUCCACCUCUUCUGGAACUGGUGCAGGAAGUGGAAAUGGCCCGAGAGGAAGCCCCGCCCUCCAGUGGCCCUAUAAUUGUCCACUGCAGUGCUGGAAUUGGUCGAACUGGCUGCUUUAUCGCCACCUCCAUCCUGUGCAAGCAGCUGAGGACUGAGGGUGUGGUUGACAUCCUGAGAACCACCUGCCAGCUCCGUCUGGACAGGGGUGGGAUGAUCCAGACGAGCGAGCAGUACCAGUUUGUGCAUCAUGUCCUCAGCCUGUAUGAGAAGCAGCUGUCUCACACUGCUGAGGAGUAGAGUGAGCGCCACAGCCACACCCAGACCGAGACACACCACUGUACACUGUACCGCCUCUGGUGGUAUACACCACUGUACCUAGCAUCAUCUCAAUCUCACCCUUUAACAAAUUCAAACCAUGUUAAUCUCCUCACCCUAUAGGCACGCUCUGACAAGACUGAAUAGGUUGACAUGAAAUCUGUGCGUACUGUAUGUCUUUGCGCA